AUGGAGUUUGCCAAGGAAGUGGUUCUCCCCGCGGCACUGUCCGAGCUUCUCGCCAGGCUCUUCUCCUUCGCGCUCGACAACUUCCCACGACUGGGCGGACGAGGGAGCGGCGACGCGCACCGACGUAGGCUGGAGCGCCUCCUCGCGAGCAUCGGCGGCGCGGUCGAGGAGGCGGAGGGACGGCACAUCACCAACGAUCACGUCCUCUCACACCUAAAGGCGCUCACCGCCGGCAUGUACCGUGCCCGCUUCGCCCUCGAAGCGACGGACAUCGAUGUCGGCGACGACGACGUGGUCGAGCGUCGACGCUCCCUCGCGCUCUCGUCUCCGUUCAACAGCGCCAAGCGUCUCCGCGUCGCAAGCCUGGUCUUCGGCCGGGUCAACCACGGCGAAAAACUCGCCGUCGCCAUCGAGGACCUGGAGAGCCUGACGCGCGACUGCAUGCGAGAGGAGGGUGGGCACCCGGACCAGACCAUAUGGGCCAGCGACGGCGGCGAGUACCUCGCCGGCGUGCGCAGGAUCCUCGGAAAGGACGAGAGGUUCGCGUCGCGGAGGUCGCUCCUUAUCUUCGAGGACGCCUGGCCCAUCGACCCGUCGGCGUGGAGCGCGUUCGCCGCGUCGCCCGCCGCCGCCACCAUGUUGGGAGCCGGGAGCAAGCUCCUGCUCACGAGCCGCGACAGCGACAACGCAUGCCUCGGCACGGCGGACCCCGUUGUGCUCAGACCGCUGCCGCAGGAGGAGUACUGGUACUACUUCAAGGCGUUCGCGUUCGGCGGCAUGGACGCCGGCGACCACCCGAGGAUGGCGGCCAUGGGCAAGGAGAUGGCCCGGCAGCUGGGCGGGACGUUCUUGGGCGCAAGGAUGGUUGGCACGCUGCUCAGGUCGAAAUUUGACGUCCGGUUCUGGCGUCGUUUGAUGGAAGCUAUGGUCAAGUGCUCCGGAAGACGGCCUUGUCCUGUCCAUGUGAAUUUUCUGCUCGAGUUACUGUCGAGUCUUGGCAAGCUGCAGUCCUAUGGCUCAUCUGCCUGCCCUCCCAGGCUCACUCUUCGUGACGCGUUGUGUAACCAUGCCGCCAGGACUACUAGUGACAGUGGGCAUUUGGGAAGUGGUGGACGGUUUACCAUCCAUCUUUGCAGGGAGACCCUGUACAUGGAUCACUGGUAUACCAUCACUCUUGGGGAGGAAUGA